AGGCUACUCGAAAGAUUUGUUUACAAAUGGAGGAUAGUUUCACUACGCACACGAUAUUUUCGUUUGAUUUUUGAUUCAGGUUAAUAGAAACACAAAAUGAGCGGAAAGGCACCUCAUAAAGCAGGGAAUGGAGCAAAACCAAAACAGAAUACGGGUCAGAGCAGUCGUACAUCUAGAGGAGGGGCAGCUGGGAAUCAGGCUAUGGUUGUGCGAGGGAGAGGGGGACAGGCCAUGCAGCUCCCUAAGGGAAUGCAGCCAAUCCCUAUGAGAGAGGAGGGAGGAAUGCUUAUACCAGAGGGUUACACAAUGAGGAAGAUAGAACCAGCCAAGAAUUAUGAUGUGGUGUCAUUUGCUAAGGCUAUGAACCAGGAUUUUGCUCCAAGAUUGAAGAAACUAUUUGACCCUGAGACAGAGGCAGCUCUCGAGGCCCAGAAGACAGGUAUCUACAUAGGAUGGCGUUGCCCGGAGUUUAAACAUGACUGCCAACGUGUGAACAAGAUGUCCAAGUGUUUCUGUGGGCACCUGUUGGGGGAACAUGCCCAAUAUACAGCAAAGAGUCUGCGGGUUAAGUGUGCACAGGGGGGCUGUAAGUGUCAGGCUUUUGUGUGGACACCUUCGCGACCAGAGGACGUGGGCGAGUUCUGGCACCAAAGACGGCGAGACUUUGACCCUAGCACGUGGCGUGCCAAGUGUCGUUGUAAACACACACACGAGGAACACGACCCAGCUGGCUCACGGCGCUGUAAAUCUAGAGGAUGUUCCUGUGGACAUUUCGACUCUAACUUCCUGUGUGCAGCAUGUGACAAACACUGGGAGAUUCACGAGACAUUCUUUGAGAGCGAGCAGGACCGCAUUGAGAAAGGACUUCCCUAUGGAGAGAUGUACUUACCGUUUGCCGAGAUGCCAGAUCUGCGUAACAUCGCCUUGACAGGACGGGAGGACGACGACUCGACCUACCUGGCCUUGACUCAGGGGGAGGGAUCCAUCCCCCAAAGCAACCGCCCUGUCGGCAACAAUGCUCCUGCAAACUUUGGGGGCAACACCAAAAGUGGCUUCAAACCAGUCUACGACUGAGGAUAGUGUUGUACUAGUGGAUUAUAACUCUUGCCUUUUGUAGGAUAGUGUUCUACCAUAUAGUUGAUACAUGUAUAUGCAGAUAAAGUAUUCAGUAUAUAUAGGAUCAUACAUGAGUUUCCAUUUCAUAUGAGAUUUAUGAAACAAGUCUAAGAACUUUUCAAUUUCACGAGCCGGAGGUAGGCUAAAAUGAAAAUUUGUGACGAGUUUCAUAAAUUUCAUAUGAAAUGAAAACGAGUGUAAG